AUGGCCUAUAGCGGAGCUCUAAUGUAUAUCGGAGAGCUGAAUAUGAAGGGAGUGGCUUAUAUUGCGGAUGACAUUAUGGAUAACAGCACCACCAGAAGAAAAAAACUUUGUUGGUACAAGUUGGAAGAUGUUCAAUUAAGUGCCAUUAACGAUUUAUUUAUGCUGAAAGAAGCUGUUUUUCUAAUUUUAAAGAAAUAUUUCAGUCACCUUGAUUGCUACGCUAAGCUCCUUGAGUUACUAAGAGAAGCUGUUUUUGUUGGCAGUAUUGGACAAUAUUUGGAUAAUCAGACACAGCAUCAAGAUUUCACGACCUUUACAAUGGAGCAAUAUAGAAAAAUUGCACAGUUGAAAACAUCAUACAUGGGAGGUUACAUUGCAGGGGCUUCAGCACUGCAUUUGGCUGGUGCUGUUGAUCCUGAUUUGUAUCAGGAGGCAAGGAACUUCUGUGUAGAACUCGGUGCAUUUUUUCAGUUUCAGAACGAUUACACCGAUUGUUACGGUGACACAGAGGUCAUUGGAAAAAUAGGGACGGACAUUGAAGAAGGCAAAUGCACAUGGUUAGCUUGUAAAUAUUUGGAGUUAGCCACUUCGGCUCAGAAGGAAAUAUUCAAAGAGAAUUAUGGAAAGGAUGAUCCAUUGUGCGCACAGAGAAUUAAACAACUGUAUGACGAACACCAUCGCGCAAUAUUUGUGUGCUCUUCUCCAUCUCUAGGAGUUCAUGAACUGUGUGAGGAUGAUUUACGCCUUGUUAGCAACAUAUGCCGCCACUCUUCCCACCCCACAAUACCCAAUGUAACCCACAAUGAAGCACCCAGUGUAACCCCUGCAACCCCUCUACAUCAGACAAAAUGGGUGGCCAAGUGCUGCAGCCAAAAUCUACUCAAUGCUCCGGCAGAAAUCUUUCCCGGAAUAUUUCAUCCACUAUCGCCAGCAAUUUACUAG